CAUCGGUACAGUUUGAAUGUUACACUUCGUGACUUCCUUCAACCAAAACACGAAGCAAAGUGAAUGGUGACGCUAACCACGCUAUAGCUAUGGCUGGGGUUUGUCAAGGUCUACGAUUCAUGUCCUAUAAGAUUAUCGCAAGGGCCACCCAACUGCCAUGUCUAGUGUUGGCACGAGGAAAUUUUACCAGAUCAAGGAUACCUCAAGAGAUUUUUGAAGAGAGAUCAAAAGAGCAUAAAAAAUAUGGAGGUGACCAAGAGCAACCUCAUAAAUUGCAUAUUGUUACACGUAUCAAAAGUACUAUUCGGCGACCAUACUGGGAAAAAGAAAUUGUCAGAAGUUUUGGACUACGUAAGAUGCAUGCUCCGGUAAUUCAUAAAAAUACACCUGCAGUUAAUAAUCAGUUGAAAUAUAUCAAGCACCUUGUAAGGAUACAACCAUUGAAGACCCCUUUUGGACUUCCCGCAGAGCAAGACAUGGCUGACACUUAUAUCAACGUUAACGGAGAGCUUAUUGUGAAGCGUUUGUUGCAGCCAGUGGAGCCAAAAGCGAUUGAUUCAUAGUAUAUUGUAACAUUUGUUCUGUAGUUGUAAAUACAUAACUAUUAAAUAAACUUAACUUUGAUUACCUAA